AUGACGAACUCCGGCGACGGCAAUCCCUCUCAGCCCGCCGCCGGCAGCCCCACUCUUCCGGCCACACACUCCACCACCCUCAUCAUCCCAUCCCUCUCCUUUAGCGACACCAUCACUAAUGUUACUCCUUUCAUCCCCAUCGUUCUUGAUCUCCAUAGCCGAAACUACUAUCACUGGCGUCACUUGUUCGAGAUCCACCUCGGCCGUUGCUCGCUGCUGCAUCACAUCUCCGAUGCUUCUCCACCCGAGCCGCACAACCCUCGUUGGCUCAAAGACGAUCUGGCCAUCAUCCAGUGGCUCUACACGCGCAUCUCCACCGAGCUGUUCAACCUCGUCGUCAAGGACGGCGCCACGGCGCGCGACAUCUGGACGGAGCUCCGCCGUCUCUUCCAGGACAAUCGCGAUGCGCGCAUCUCCGCCCUCAACACCGAGCUCCACACGAUCACCCAGGGCGAUCGCCCCGUCGGCGUCUUCUGUCAGCAGAUCAAGGCGAUCGGCGAUGAACUCCGCGAACUUGCAGAAACCGUUGGCGAUCACUGUCUCCUUCACGCCCUCAUGGGCGGCCUCGACGAGCGGUUUGCUCAGCAGGCGUCGUUGAUCCCGCUUCUCCGCCCUCUGCCGACUCUCUCCGAGGCACGAUCCAUGCAGCAGCUCGAGGAACAAACACAGGCGCGCAAGACUGGCGCUCCCCGCCUCUUCCACACCACGGCGCGCCCUGCUCCACCACCGGCGGCCCCCUCGCCAGCGCCUCCCGCCACGCAACCACCUCCAGGAUGGCGUCCCAUCCCCAACUACAAGGGGAAGAAUCCAGUCUACCGUCCACCCAAGCACAACUCGUCGGCAUCUUCAUCGUCCUCUGCGCCUCCACCACCGGCUCCCGUGGCGCCUCCUGCACCCAUGCCGUCUGCAGCACCUCCCUCACCGGCUUCUUCAGCAUGGCGCCCUUCACCUGAUCCAUGGACCGGGCUCGUUCAAGCCUGGCCCAUGCCAUGGACUACACCUUCACCAUAUGGCGCUCCUCCCGCUUACAGUGGGACUUGGGCGCCUGGCAUGCGUCCAUCUGUCGGCGCCACUGGACUCCUCGGAUCACGACCGCCGCCGCAUGCCUACACGGCUUAUGCGCCUCUGUACCAGUCCACUCCGGCUCCAAUAGCGGCAUCCAUGUACCCCUACGACGCUCCUCCGAUCUCCAGCUGGGACGUGGGCGGUCCCUCCGUGCAGCCUUCUUCAUCAACAUACCAGCCUGCUGCCUCGACAUCGUCUUCAGCACCACCAGCCUGGGAUCAAGCUGCUCUUAUUGCUGCCCUCAAUUCACUUACCACACAAGACACAGGUAGCGAAUGGAUCUUCGACUCUGGUGCAUCCUCUCAUAUCUCGUCCGCGGACGCCAGCGAUGCCAAGGGGCGCAACAACGGCAAGGCCGACGCCAACGGCACGUCGUCGCUGGCCGUGUGGAAGCAGUCGCCGGUCCCGUCCCCGCGCUCUAGCGACGGCGCCGUGAAGGACGGGGGAGCAGCUGCGGCGGGGACAGGGGCGUGGCUUCCGGACCCGAGGUGGAUGGAGCAGAGGCGACGCCGCAUCUGCCGGACGGGGGAGCAGCUGCGGCACGGCGGCCGGACGGGGGAACGCUGGCCCCUCGAGGGGGGACGGACGAGCACGGCGGCAGAUGCGGGCGAGGAGGGCCGGACGGCGUGGCGUGGCUGCUAG